AUGCCCAGCAAAAAGAAGAAAUAUAAUGCAAGAUUCCCUCCGGCAAGGAUUAAGAAGAUUAUGCAGACUGAUGAAGAAAUAGGCAAAGUUGCUGCAGCAGUUCCUGUUAUUAUUUCAAGAGCCCUUGAGCUUUUUUUGGAGUCAUUGCUUACUAAGGCAUGUCACGUCACACAAUCGAGGAACGCAAAGACAAUGACAACAUCACAUCUAAAGCAAUGCAUUGAGCUGGAGCAGCAGUUUGAUUUCUUAAAAGACCUGGUGGCCACGGUGCCAGACAUGCAGGGCGACGGUGAAGAGAACCACACCGAGGGGGGAGGAGAAAAAGUCUCUCGCAGAGGUCGAAGGCCAGGUUCUGGUCGUAAGAAUGGAGGGGCUAGCUCCAAAGGCAAGGACAAGAAGUUGUCUGGAACGGAGUCGGACCAGGAGGAAGACUCUGAUGAAAGUGAAACGGACGAGGACGAGGAGGACGGCUCUCAGUCAAGCACAAAUCAGCAGUCUGUGUCCAGGUUCCACAGCUCCAACGCCCUCCCCCAGUACAUGCACACGGGCAACAUGGCGUCCGUGGGCGGCCUGGGUCCCGCUCAGCCUCCAGGCGGCAUGGCCUUCGCUCCGCACCCCUCCAUGCUGAGCAACGCGCCGCCCCCCCCAGCCCCCGUGCCGCACAAAAACGAGGACGACGACGACGACGACGAAGACUACGAUUCUUAG